AUGAUACUGUCUCAUCAGUUAUUUCUCGUCGUGGCCUGCUUCGUGCAGGCCUGUUUUUCACUUAUGACACCCUCUGACUUUGAAAGAAUCAACGGCAUGCUGGCUCCCGAGGCUUAUUCGUCAACAAGCGUACCCUUCCCAGCAUGGCUUGCACAACUCGCCAACAGAACAGACUGGCCGGCGGCCAAGCCGCCAUUCAUUCAAACGCCGGGGUUGGAUAUCAAUAGCGGGAUUCCGAGCAAUCCGUUGCAUAGUUUGCGAUUAGAUCAGGACAUGGCCUGUUUUUCUCAGUGUUCUUUUGAUUGCAACAAUUGCCUCGGACCAAAUGAUAUAGCGGCGUGUCCCCAGCUUCUGCAAACCUUUGACGACGGUCCCACAGCAGCGACGCCGGCGCUUCUCGACUAUCUCCGCCAAAAGCGUCAGCUAACGUCCUUUUUCAUAAUUGGCACGCAGGUUCUCAGUUUCCCGGAUACUCUCCGGGCCGAGCGACGAGCUGGUCACUUUAUUGGGUCGCACACCUGGACCCAUCCGUAUCUUCCAUCGCUAUCGAAUCAGGACAUCGCUGCAGAGCUUCAGUGGACCACAUGGGUAAUCAACGUGACAGCAGGCGUUGUCCCCCGCUACUUCCGUCCGCCGUAUGGAGGGCUUGACGACCGCGUGCGAGCGAUUGCAGAAAGAAUGGGAUUAACGCCGAUAGUCUGGGCACACGACACCAACGACUGGCAGAUGGUUGGCGGGACGCGCACGGAAAACCAAACGCUGGCAGAUGUGCAGAGUUGGAUCAAUGCAUCGUCGACUGGGAUUAUGCUGGAGCACGAUCAGGCUCCGAUAACGGUCAACACGGGAAUGAAAAUCAGAGAUAUGGUGGGUGCUCAGAUGUAUGUGGCUCCAGCGUGCAAGAGUCUCACCGCGCCUUGGUAUAAUUGA